GGACCGGUCCUCCAACCAUUCCUCAUUCAUAAGCUAGGUGCCAAACCUGAGCUCAACCCCCUCCUUCAGCCUCCUCCGGACGACCUGGGCCGAGAAUACCUAAAAUGGGACAUGCUUCAUUCUCCCAAUACCUGCCAGAGUUCGAAGGACGCUGGUAACGUCUCCUGGAGCUCAGGACGGGGCGAACCAGCGACCUUCCCGCGAGUGACUACCAUCGUACUCUACAUUGAGCGACAGCUAGCCUCUAUCCAGAUAAACGCAGCUAACAAGGAUAUUGGGGUGACCUGUGGCGAUGUCAUUGAUGGUAUAGCACAUUUCAUGCGAAGAAUCGUCACGAAAGACGAAGUGGAUACCUUCAGCCCAGCCGACAAGAAGAUGGCCGUAAUCGCGUACCGACGACAUCGCUCUACGGCGCCGGGGAUGCCUGGAGGUGCACUACCGAGGGAGAUGAUCCGUAUGGAUUUGUUGGGCCCCUGCUCGGUGUUCGGUGGUAUACAGAAGAGUGACGCUCUCAUUCAGAGACGAUGUAACUCUGAUUUCCCCUGUGCAUUUGAGCUGGUGUGUAUACAGAUGCCGAUGACACAAGCUGAGAUCAAGGAUCUGCAGACAAGGCAGAGGGCGGCAGAGGAGGAGCGGCGGCGUGCAAGGGAGAGA